AUGUACCAAGAUUGGUUUUAUGGAUUUAAAAUGAAUGUCUGUUCGAAGUUUGGCGUGUUUCCUAAGGCAUGUGUCGCAUUUAAACGGGAUGAUCUAUCUGAUGGGGUCAGUGCUGAGUUACGGAUGAUGGUAGAAAAAUUAAUAUCCAUGUUCGUGUCAGGAAAAUAUGGCAGGAUGAGUAAACACUGUAUGGCUCUUCGUGAUGUUGUUAGUUUGAAGUACGCCCUUUCGGGAAGAAUAACAAAGUUUGACAUUAUUGCUAGCCUAAGAAAGCUUCACACUCAUAUGUCGAUGGUACAGAGUAAACUAUUUUUGCCAUUCAUCAUUCGGGACGAGAAUUUUAAAUACAUCAAUCCGUACUCCAUAUCUCCCAUAGACUUACACUGGAAGCACAAAAAGCUCAUAAAAGAGCUCGAAGAUUCAGAACUGUCUGCUCAAUGUCCUGCAUAUCAUCCUUUCAAUCUGCGCGUUCGUUUUAAAAAUUUACCUAAAGCAUUUCUAACAAUGUACUUAGUAAGUCAAGUCUUACAAAGCUCUCAGAAUGUAGUCAGUUCACCAGCUAAUUUAAUUCCAAACUUGGAUAUGAAUUUUGCUGUCAAUGCAAGUUCCGACUGCGCGAAUUUUACCUCAUACAAUUGUAUUCAAGAUUCAUAUGAAAGUCAUGUUAGUACAAAAAAUCCUUCCGCCACUGAAUUACAACCUACAUCAUUGCUUAUGCGUUUAACCGAGGAUGUUAUACUGGAUGGUAAUGCUAAAGAUAAUUAUGAAGUUGUUUUUACUAAUCUCGACCCAUUCAAAUACAAAGAAAAACGUAUACUACUACUCGUCACAUUGACUCGUAUUGGACCGAUGCAUUUAAAGCGUACGAAAUCAGGUGGAAAGUCCAUAGCAUUAGGUGUUAAUGAAAAUAAGUCACAACAACCGAAUUCAAUGUUAAAACGUCCAGUCGGCGUUGCUUGCCUGGAUAUAACAUCUUCAAUUUUACCGUAUUUUAGUCGUUCCUCCCAGUUAUUUGAUUGGGGAUCUGGAAAAACAAUAAAAGAUGAUAAUUCUAUAUUGGAUCAUAAACGUAUUGUGAAUUUCAAAUUAACUGGUGAACAGUUUUUAUCAGAAGCGUUAUUACGUGCAAUCAAUGAUACACAAGUUUUAUCUUGGAGUAACAAUCAAAAUUCAGGUUAUCCUGAUAUGGAUUUAACAACAAUUUUAAGCAUUCCAAGUAUUUCAUUGGAUUCGUCAGAAGUUCCAAAAUUAGAAAUUCAUGAAAUCACAGUAUUAAAUCCUUUAGAAGGUCAUCCAUUCAAUCGUGAUGCAUUAUAUGUACGUCGUUAUGCAUCACCUUACUUUAAUGAUCCUACAGUUAUUAAUAAUAAUGGUGUAACUCAACCACGACGUGAACUUUAUGUUACUUUAAUUUCUGGAAAUUUCUCUAAAGGUAAUAAAACUAGAGAGCAUAAUAUUGAAGUGGAAGUCAACGUCGUAGAUAGUAAUGGGAAUUGGUUAAAUCUGAAUAACUCACCUGAACGUUUAUCACCUGUACACAAAUCAGUCGUAUACUAUCACAAAAAUCAGCCAUAUUGGAGUGAAUUAUUUAUAAUCAAUUUACCAUACUCACCAAUUGAAUCCUCUUGUGUAACAACAACAAUUGAUAAUGUGAAUAAUAAUCUUGAUCGUGAUAAUAAUAAUAACACUGAACGUUCUAGCCAUGAGUCACAGCAUCAACAACAGUUAUUCAGUGCAAAUCCAACUUAUCCUGGGAUGUUAGCUGGUGUACAUUUGAGACUUUUAUGUCGUCAUCGAUCUACUGGACCGGGUGAUUCUGAAGGUAAAAUUCUAGGAGUUGCAUAUUUACGACUCCAGCCGAAUACAUCUGUGCCAGUUCUUUUGCCUGAUGGAGACUAUCACCUGUAUAUACAUAAGAUGGAUAUGAAUCAAGUGAAUUCAUGUCGUUAUUUAUGCCAACCAUCUUAUUGUGAAGAUGAUGGACCGAUUGCUUAUGGUUUAAGUAGUGGUUCGGGUUCUGGUUCCAGUUCUAUUGGACUUAAUACAAUAAAUUCAAAUUCAAGUGGAUUGAAUAAUAUUCUAUCGUUGCCUAACUUUUCAACAUCAUCAUCGUCACGUAAUCGCAUGGAUACACUACACAUACAAACACUUGUUUGUAGUAGUUAUCAUACUACUGAUGAAAAUUUAACUAAAGUUAUACUAUGGCGCAAUUAUCAAGACGAUAUUAUAAUGUGUUUACAUCAAGGUAUUUAUUUGUCCCGAAAAGAUAAUGAAUUAAGAAAAUUCACUCGUUCAUUAAUUGACAAUAUGUUGCAACUUCUUAUGACUACCAUGGAUGAAACACAUCAACAUAUUAUCAAUUUAAACUUAGGUUACAGUCUUCUAAUGGGACUGGCUCGUUGUUAUAAGGAUUUAUCGAUUGAUUCAGUUCGACAAAAAAUAAUAUACAGUUAUUUAAAUGGGCCUGGAUUUAUAUAUUAUAAAAUAUAUAUACCUUAUUUACAAUUAUUAAAUGCUAUGGUAUGUGAAAUUGUCUAUCCAACAUUGUAUCAAAAUCAUCAUCCUUCACCUAAUUCUACUCUUCCUCAUUCAUCGUCAUCAGCAUACGCAUCUAGUGGUGUUGGUAGUGCUUCUAAUCGAUACAAAGUGGAACAUCAGUUUAAUAGUAGUGUUAAUAAUCGAAAUAUUGGCAUGACACCUACAACUGGACACUUUUUUGAUUCAAAAGCUGUACAACUUAUCUUUUCAACAAUACAUUGGGCCUUUUUAAUUAUUGUUCGUUCAAGGCAUUUAGAUGUUAUGCAGUUGAAUGAUAAGGAUAAAAAAGAAGCUGAAUCAUUAUUUACACGCCAGGUCGAAUCUUUCCUGUCUGGAGUAAUUGAUGUGACUUGUCGUACUGAUGAUGUUCUACUACGCCUUAUUAUAUUUAAACAUGUGCCAGAAAUUAUUAAAAAUUUAACAAAAGUUUAUCCAAAAUUAAAAUUAUCUCAAUUCAUCGUACAAUUAUUAACACGUACAUUAGAAAGUUGUGAGUUACCAAGCCAAAAAAUUCUAACUGAAACUAUUCAUUCAACCUUAUUUACUGAUCCACAAUGUCGUGGUCUAUUAGUACCAAUAAUUCAAACCAGUUUAACGCAUGUUUUUACAUCGAAAUUGGAUAAGGUUCUCAGUUGUAAAAUUAACGAGAAUACAGCUAUAAUGGAUGUUUGGUGUGAUGUAUUGCUGUCAUUUAUGGACAGUUUUACAAAAGCCACUGCAUCAACUACAACAACAUCGAGUUCCUCAUCAUCAACCACUCAGUGCAUUGGUGAUAAUUCUGUUGAUAAUAAUCAUGAAGCUAAUCAGACCGAUGAUAAUAUUGAUAAUACUGAAGAUGAAUCUAAAGCCAUUGCCUCUGUAACAACACCAACAAGGAAAUUAUCGUUUACAUUUGACAAUUCUAAUCAGAAUUGUUCAUAUUAUGACAAUCAAUCGGAUGAAGUGUUUCAUUUGUUAAUAAAAUGUAAUUUUCUUCGUUGGACUAUGCAACAGUUGUCACGUAUUCUACUAUUUAUACAUCAACGUAAUUCUACUUUAUGUUGUGGUGAUGAUAGUAGGUCAGAUUCUCUUUCAACUACCGGUAGUAGUAGUAACGGUGGGCACGGUGGCAACGGAUUCGGUGGUGUUUCUGGUGUUGUCAGUGGCAAUAACAAAACAUUAUCAUCAUCUAGUAAGGUUUCACCUAAAAAACGCCUUAUACAUCCUUCCUAUCACCGGUUACAACCAAUUAUGGGAUGUCUAUCCACUGUACUAUUCUCUUCAUUACAAAUGCUUACAAAAUGUAGUUGGAUAAAAUUUUUUCAAUCUGUUUAUUAUACCAGUGAAGAAUGUUGCCAAUGUAAUUACUGUCAUAAUUUACAAUUAGUAAAUAUCUAUGAUUUUCUACAUGAAUUAUUCACUCUAUUCUCAUUGAUGCACUUAUAUCCUGGUUAUCCAGCGCCAAUGUUUCAGUCAAGAUCUGAUAAAUUAUGGACAGUUGGUCGUUAUUCAUGGGAUGAUGAUUAUCAUGAUGAAAGACAAUCAGAGCACUCUGACAAAAAGAAAAUAUCACAUAGGAAUUCAUCACUGACUCAUAAUCAUAAUGAUAAUAAUAGUAAUAAUAAUGUAGAACUAUUCUCUCAAUCAUGGAUUGAAAUGUUAACAUUGAUAUCAAGUGCUGAGUUAGAUGUUAUUGAAGUACUGAUUGAACUUGUUAUGGAACCAUAUUUUAUUAAUCCUAACUUAGAUAAUAAAUUUCUAUUGAUUUCUGCCCAAUCAUCGUCAUCAUUAAUAACAGCAAAUACACCAGCAGUGUGUCACACAGAACCUUGUUUAACUAGCGAUUUAAUUGAAUUAAUUGCACAAUGUUUAACUGGAUUCGCAGUGGAACAAGCUCAUUUAUGUGUAGAAGUUGUGCCGCCCGUGACUAGAAUUCGUAUUGAUCAAAGUUUAACUAAUCAGUCAAUUGAUAUGAGACAAAGAGCUUGUGAUUUACUAUUAUCGUUAUGGCAUUCUAUCGAUGAUCGAUCAAAAGUGAAUUAUAUUCACAUAUUUCUACCGAAUGUCAUCAAUAUGGCUACACUCCCACUUCCACGAAUACGCGAAAAUUGUGUUGAUUGUAUAUUGAAUGCAUUGACUAUUCAUGCACCUACUGUGGAAAAUGUUUUUGUUAGUGAAAUCGAUCGUGUUGUCCAGUGGGCUGGUACAGAUUUUGCUGCAGAUAUUCGUAAUCUUUUACAAGACGAAUUUUCUAAAAAACGCAAACCAUUACCACAACCGCCUCGUCGUUCACAUGGAACGGAAGAUUUUGAUCAUAAACAACAACGAGUGAUUAGUGAUUUUAGUAAACAAAUCGAUUGCCUACUUCAUUAUGGUAAAUUUAUUAAUCGUCCAUCACAAAUGAAUGAAAUGUUGGCCUUUUGCAAUCUAAGAAAAUUCUACGAAUCUAUCAAUCGUAAAGAUAUGAUUUUACGUUAUUUAUAUCGACUGGAUCGAUUGCAUGCAGCAUAUUCUAACCAAACAGAAAGAGGUUAUACUUUGGAACUGAUCAGUGAAAAUUAUUCGUGGGAUGAAACCAGUGUUGAUGUGGAUGACGUAUCACCCCAUUAUGUACAAUAUGGAAAAAGUUCAUCACGAGAAUUACGUGAACGUUUAUUGCUUGAUAGUUUUGAAUAUUUAAAACAAGGUACCGAUUGGGAGCAUGCAAUAGAUAUAUCGAAUAAAUUAAUACAUUUAUAUCGUGAUAUUAUGCCAAAUUAUGAACGUCUAAGUGAAAUAUUGAAAGAACAAGCUAACUUGUAUAGAACUAUUGUUACAAAUGAACAUUCACGUUUACCAUUUCGUUAUUAUUUAAUUGAAUUUUAUGAACCAACAACAUCAGCUUUAAUGAUGAUAACAAAUCGUAAAUUAAUCUACCGUACAACAUCAGAUUUAGGUGAUGUAUUAAAUAUGCUAACGGAACAAUUUCCUGAUGCAAAAAUAUUAAACCAACCAUUGACAACUACAAAUCAAUCAACAUUGAAUACAUUUUGUAUAUUUGCUAGUGGGAAUUUAGAACCAGAACCUGAAAUACCGGAACAUUUGAAUUCACGUAUUGUUGACACUAAAAUUAAGAAUUACUAUUCCAAAAAUCGUGUGAAAUACUUUUUGAGGCAUAGACCGUUACAACCUACUGAGAAAAAAGAUGGUCGUCUUGUCACUAAUACAGAAGAAACUCGUUAUUGUAUUGCAGAGCCGAUGCCAAAUAUCAUUCCUAUUAUGCCAGUAGAUAGAGUGGAAAUUCGUAUGUUAAGUCAAACAGAGUGGGCUAAUAAACAAAUUCAAGGGAUUAUACAAGCAUUGCAUGCUGACUUAAUCUCAGCCAAAUCACAAGACGCUAAUUUAUCUCAAUAUAUUGGUAAACUUGUCUCAUCUAUUCAGUCACCUGUUAGUGGCGGUGUGCCAAAAUUAGUGAAAGACGUUGAGCUAUCCGAUGAUCCACGACAAGAAAAAUGUUUCUCUCAAUUGGCUGACAGUGUUUUAGAAUUAUUGGAAUUGCAAUUAACAUUUCUGAAAUUUUGGUAUGUAAACGAUCCACCACCACCGCCUCCAGCAUCUCAUCGUUUAGCUGCUAUGUAUAAUGCUGAUAUGAUUGGUAAUGUAAGCAGUUCUACUGUUGGAGGAAUUACAGGUAGUGGUAACUAUCUUUUGUAUGAAAUGAUCGGUUACUAUGAAGUACUGGUUCGUGAUAUGAGUAGAAAAUUUGGCUUUUCUGUUGACCAUUUAAAUGCAGAUCACCUUCGUUAUGGUCCAAUAUCUACAGAUCGUCAAAAUAAUAUUAUUAAUUCUACUAGUAAUGUUAAUACUAAUUUAUUAUCACCACUUCGUCGUAAUUCACGUUCAUCACAAAACAUUGUGAAUACUGGUGUUGCGACAAUUGCUCAAUCAACUGUCCCAAGAAUUUUCUCGAAACCUGAUCAUUCUGGAUCUGAUCAUGGAUCGUCGAUUCGUUCGUUGCAGAGAUCUUUCCAAACGAUUGGGAGUGGACGUACCCCUCUAGAAUCGAUAACGUAUUCAUCACCAAUAAAUAGAUCCAACUCUUCCUUCAAUAUAUUAUCUUCAGAUCCCCCAGCAUUACCGGAUCGUCCAGUAUUAACAAAACCAACUCAAACGAUAAAUGUUUCUAGUGGUCGACCAACAACACUAAACACUACCAACAAUAGUAUUACCCCUGUCACUAGUUCCAUUAGUACUGUUGGUGAUCAUGAUAAUCCUGGUAGUUCACGCGGAAAAAUCAUUACAACACCGAAUGAUGAUUCUCACACUACUCAACAUCAAAAUAAUAGUAAUAGCGUUGAUUAUAAUGCAGAUAACAGCAAAAAACAAAUACACAGUCCAAUUGUAACUUCAAGAUUUGAAUCUAAUCCCAAUACAAUAAGAAAUAGAUCACGUCCACUGCCCCCACUUCCACCUACACCGAUUCGAUCAUCGUCGAUUACACGAACGGAGAACUCAAUCACUCAUCAUCAUCAAUUGAAACAAAUCAAUCCUAUAAGUAAUAGUAUAAAUGGAAUUAUACUUAGUGGUAAUGAAACAGCUCCUCCGUUACCUGAGCGGAAAACUAAAACAUCUGGUAGUGUAGCGACUACACCAGUGACACCGACUCCAGGACGACAAACUCACGGUGUUGAUGAUUCUUCAUCCUUUGAUUUCUCUUGAUCUACUUGUUUAUUUUAAUUUCAUUAUUAUUGUGUACACAAAAUUUAUAAUAAAAUUCACUCAGUAAUUCUCAUUCUUAAUGAUUGUUCCCUAGUUUUGUUUAUCGAAUGUGAUUACUCAAUUUAACAAUGAUAUUUAUAAAUAUAAUGUGAUAUAAAGCGCCUUAUUGCCAACAUCCGUUUUUCUCCCUGUUUGCUCAAACUUACACACACACACACACACACACUCAUACUUAAUAUAUACAUUUAUCCUUCGGUAUCAACAUGUUCAUUUCAUUAUGGUGCCUUAUUUAAACCGUGUGUUAUUAGUAUGAUUUUUGUCUUCUCUGUUCUGUUUACCUUUUUUCCUCUGUUGUUCCUUUAUUGAUUCAACGAUUGAUUUCCUGUUUGUUAUUUCUAUUAUCAUCUCUCAAUUAUUGACCAUUGUGUUAUUUUUGUAGUAGUCUGUCAGUGAUUUAAAUCUGUAAAUUAAUAUUCACAAUGUUCACCGUCAAUUUUUUGCUCAACACACAACAUUUUGAUUCCCGUAUUAUGAUCAAACUGAAAUAGUACUAUGGUUUAAUUGUCGGUUGCAUUAAACUUCUUUUUUUCUGCCAACUUAUUCUAUUGUUGCUUAGAUUCGAAACCCUUACAUUGUCAUUUCUUACUGUUUUUCUUGAACAUCAUAUUGAGGAGUAGGCACUGAUUAAUUUGUUUAGAAUCAAUAAUGAUGAAACUAGUUCCAGCUUACAACCACAAAUACUUUCGUUUAUUUAUUCACUUUUAAUAUGUAUCAAAAUUAUUUCUCUGUUUAUAUUUAUGAUUGACGGACUAAUCAAUCGACAAUCAUCAUAUUAUUUUGAUAUACUGAUAUUUCAGACUAUUUUUCGCGCUUUCUCGCUCUCUCCUAUUCUUCAUCAUUUUCGUUGAUUGAAUAAAUUAUCGGCCUACAAAUGAACAUUGAUUACCUUCUUCAUAUUCAUGUGUAUUUUUUUUACAAUGAAACUUCUUGAUUAUAGUUUUUCUCUCUUGUACUGAAAGUAAUCGAUCAGUUACUUAUUUUUUGCAAUUCAACUUGUAUAUUAUUAUCAUUAUUACGAGUAAUUAUCUAUCGCUGAUGAACUUUCUGUUAGACUUUUCUCAUCUGUUUGUGUUAAAUUGUUUGUAGAUCUUUUCUUUUCCAACAAAUCCAAUUAUGUAAUUCAUUCUUUUUUAAUGACUACUGAUGAUCACAGUCUCUAUUGUUUCGGUAUAUAUAUAUAUGCCAUUUGAUUGAAGUGAUUGGUUUAUCGUAUAAUAUAGAAGAUUGAUCAGAUUUUUUGUUUCGUUAAUUGAGCUGUCUGCUUGCCUCUAUUUUUAAAAAUAAAAUGAAAUUUUAUGAUAUCUGUACAUGCUUCUU